AUGAUCAAACCAGAAAAAAAAGUUGUUACUGAACUCUCAGUAACUGGAAGAUUAAGGAUAUCCUCAAUUUUGGAUGGUGAGGACUGCGGAGCGUCUUAUAUUGGAAAGAAGGUGACUGUUGGAGGAUGGGCAAGAACUGUUAGGAAACAAUGUUCCGACACUUUGCUCUUCAUAUCUUUGAAUGAUGGUUCAACUGCGAGCAACUUACAGUGUGUGAUUGAGAAAACUGUUAAAGGAUUUGAGGAGGGUUUGAAGGCAACUGCAGGAUGCUCAUUUAAGAUAACUGGUACAAUAGUCAAAUCACCAGCUCAGGGUCAGUCAGUUGAGUUGCUUUUGAAUACGGGGGAUGAUGAACUUAAGAUUUGUGGAUUGUGUGACGCUUCAAAAUACCCACUUGCAAAAAAGCAUCAUUCAAAGGAGUUCUUAAGAGAGGUUGCUCACCUACGUCCCAGAAGUCAAUUCUUCAGUUCAGUAAUGAGAAUUAGAAACUCUCUCGCCAUUGCAAUACAUGAAUAUUUCCAAAGGAAUGGGUUCCUGUAUAUUCACACUCCGAUUAUUACAGCAGCAGACUGCGAGGGAGCAGGAGAAAUGUUCCAAGUAACCACUGUGUUACCAUCAGAAUCAAAUAACAAAAUUUCCAAUAUUCCUACGUUGAAGAUUGAGGGAAGCCAAGAUAUGGCUGUUGACUUUAGAAAAGAUUUCUUUGGGAAAGCUUCUUUCUUAACAGUGUCUGGACAGCUUGCUUUGGAAAACUUUGCAUGCUCUAUGUCUGACGUCUACACAUUUGGUCCAACUUUCAGAGCAGAAAAUUCUCACACGACAAGACAUCUUGCCGAGUUUUGGAUGAUCGAGCCUGAAAUGGCGUUCGCUGAUCUUCAAGAUAAUAUGAAACUUGGAGAAGGACUCCUUAAAUACACUGUGGAGUAUGUUUUAAUAAACAAUAUGCCAGACUUAUUGUAUCUUGAUAAGAACAUAGAAAACGGACUUAUUGAGAGAUUAAAGGUUAUUUGCAAGAAUGAUUUUGCAAGAAUUUCAUAUACCGAAGCAAUUGAAAUGCUAAAACCUCAUGAUAAGGAGUUCAAUGUUCCCGUCUCAUGGGGAAUGGACUUGGGUUCAGAACAUGAAAAGUAUAUCACAGAUAUUCUUGAAAAAAGACCUUGCAUAAUCUAUGAUUAUCCCAAAGAUAUCAAGUCUUUCUAUAUGAAAUUGAAUGAAGAUGGAAAUACAGUAGCAGCUAUGGACAUUCUAGUACCAAAAAUUGGAGAGGUCAUCGGUGGAUCUCAGAGAGAGGAUGAUAUUGAGAAGUUGGAGAACGCGAUGAAAGACAGAAAUAUGGACCCAACUCCCUAUUGGUGGUAUAAUGAACUCAGAAAAUAUGGUUCGGUCCCACAUUCAGGUUUUGGGUUGGGAUUUGAAAGACUAAUUAUGAUGGUUACUGGUGUGGAAAAUGUACGUGACGUCAUUCCAUUCCCCAGAUACCCUAAUCACUGCGAAUUCUGA